UUCGUCUCUCCAUCGACCGCUCUUUUUCCCAAAUCCCUCGUCUUCUUGAGCUAUCACCUUGUCCCGCCUCUAGUGUAAAGAUUCAUCCGCCAAAGACGCGUGUUUCCAAGAGACUGACUGACCAGCUAACUCGAGAAAGAAAUCAAGCGUCUUUCUGCACAGUCUGCUAAAAUCACACAGGAGAAGGUCGAUUUGGGACAAACCAUCGGCGAGAGAGACGCUUCCCUACAGAAAGCCAACAAAGACAUCGACAACCUCGAGGGGUCAAAGUCGUUGGCCAUGUCUUAUGCCAAGAAAUGUAGGAAAAGAACUACCGGCAAGAAAGAGACAGAGAGUUAUAUGCUUCUGGGUUGGACAUGAUAUACCACCACCAGUCGUGAUGCACAUAACAGUUGGCAUUAUGAUCUCCCAACCUAAACAUCUUCCCGCCAUGGCAUUGAUGACAAUGCGCAGUCUCAAGUCUGGUAGCGAGCAUCUGAGGCUCUCUUUGUCUUGGCAACACUGGUCGAGAAAGACGUUGUGCAACUCGGGCUACUUAUCCAACACUCACUCCAUCAUCAUCAUAUUGCUGUCGGUCAGUCUCUAAUCCAAAGCUAAGGUUGUAUCUACCCCUUUACACUACCUUUACGCUAGAAGCGCCCAUGCCGACCGUGCCAUUCGGGUGAAGAUGACAUUCAUGCAAAGACUCUCGCAAGAGGCGGCCGGCGCUACCGUGGCCCAUAUGUGGUGUCUGUUCAGGAUUCUCAAGCCUUGACUCCAGUGGCAUAUCCUGGCCUGACCCCUUUCAUCAUCCUUCGAUUUGGCUUCUCUCUUUCUCACACGUGAAAGAAAAACAGCAAAAAAAAGAAACAACCACCUUUCAAGGCGCCAUACUUCGGUUCAUCCUGCCGCGACUCCGACAAACCUGGCAUAUCGAAGCCUCUUGACUGGCUCAGUCUCCAAGGGGCCGAGGAGGGGGCGGGGCCCGGGAUCGGUAACAUGGCCGCUGGCGGGCGCUAGCAAGCGUUGGCUGGAACGUUGGAGGCUCAAGAUGCCCCUGCAGGACUCCACACGAACCCCUUCGCCUACCCUUGUUUACACCUCAAAUCACCCCCUGAUGUGCCCCUGAGUCUCCACACAGACCUCAGUGCUGCUUGUGCUGAUGCCUGUGAUGGUGACGAGAGCUUCGAGAACACAGCGCUUGGCUUGUGGGUUAGCUUGGAUAGCUUGCGAGGCCGAAACUUGGCUCGAUGCUUGAUCCCACGGGCGUCGGGCAGGGCAGUUCUCGGGCAUCGCGGCGCCACGGCAAGCUUCCCUGUUCACUUUGGGAGAGGUCUUGGAGGAACACUUCUCUUGACGCCGUGCGUUCGUCCCGUUAUGGCCCUCGUAUCGCUCAUUUGGUUCGAGGAGCCGCAAUCAUGGUCUCCAUUGCUACGGAACUGACACUCCGUGACUUGUAUCCGAGGUUGGAGGUCCGCCAGCAUACCACAUUACCUUCCACCGCCCGUCGAUCUGUUUGGUUUCCCUAUCCAUGGCCGGUCUACCCGCGGGGAGUGGCUACCCGCUUACAUCGUCACAUUGGAAUCAACUUUGGGAAUUUGUUCCGUUAUCAGACCCCGCCUUGUCCAGACCACCUCAUUUCGCUGAAACGAAGUGUUGGUUGACCGAUGCUUCGUCCAACAUACCCAUCAUGAAAUGGUAUAGCUCGAUGCUUCGGCUAGGUGGGCUGGUCGGGGGCACCGACGGGCAAGGGUUAAGGCUUGGAUUCUGAACAAGCACUUUCGAAUAUAUAAGGAUAUGGUCGUCGCCGUGUUGCAGAGUUUUGGAAAAUCAUCAGCUUCAACUUGAGCAUUCGGCAUCUAACUCACCUUCUUUUUCCAACUUCUACCUUCUUUACCAAAGCUUCAUCGACUGAAGCCUCUCAUUCUUUUAACCACAAUCUUUGACAUCACAACACUCCUUCAAUCCGCCCGCCAGUCGGUCAAUCAACACCAACAACUAACCACCAAAUCAAUCAAGAUGCCUUCCUUCACUUCCAAGUCUCUUCUUGCUGUUCUCGCCGGUGCGGCCUCCGUUGCGGCCCACGGUCACGUUAGCAACAUUGUCAUCAACGGUGAAUACUACCGCGGCUUUGACAGCAGCCUCAACUACAUGGCCAACCCCCCUGCUGUCGUUGGCUGGAAGGCCAACAACCAGGAUAACGGCUUCGUUGGCCCUGAUGCUUUCUCCUCGCCCGACAUCAUCUGCCACAAGGAUGCCACCAACGCCAAGGGCCAUGCCGUCGUCAAGGCCGGUGACAAGAUCUCCAUCCAGUGGGAGACCUGGCCCGAGUCCCACAAGGGUCCCGUCAUCGACUACCUCGCCAACUGCGGCGCCUCCGGCUGCGAGACCGUCGACAAGACCUCUCUCGAGUUCUUCAAGAUCGACGAGGUCGGCCUCGUCGACGGCCAGAAGUGGGGUUCCGACCAGCUCAUUGCCAACAACAACAGCUGGCUCGUCGAGAUCCCUCCCACCAUCGCCCCCGGCUUCUACGUUCUCCGCCACGAGAUCAUCGCCCUCCACUCCGCCGGCCAGCCUAACGGCGCCCAGAACUACCCCCAGUGCUUCAACAUCCAGGUCACCGGCUCCGGUACCGAGAAGCCCGCGGGUGUUAAGGGUACUGCCCUCUACAAGCCCGAUGACGCCGGUAUCAGCGUCAACAUCUACCAGUCCCUGAGCAGCUACUCCAUCCCCGGCCCUGCCCUCAUCAAGGGUGCCGUCAGCGUCGCUCAGUCCCACUCCGCUGUUACCGCUACCGCUACUGCCAUCACCGGUCUUGGUGAUGCUCCCGCUGCCACUGCCGCUCCCGCUGCCACCACUGCCCCCGCCGCUGCUCCUGCUGUUACCACUGCUCCCGCCGCUGCUGCCCCCACCAAGCCUGCCACCACCGCUGCUGCUCCCCAGCCUACCAAGCCUGCUAAGAGCGGCUGCCAGAAGCGCCGUGCCGCUCGUCGCGCUGCUGCCCUCGCCCGCCGCCACGCCCGUGACGUCGCUUUCCUCGACUAAGCGAUUGCAUAUAAUGUCUUUUUGAAAGGGAUGGAAAUAUGGAGACAUGUUUGAAUGGAAAAAAGACAGCUAUGAGGAGUUGAAGCUGCUAUGGACGCCCCCGGCGAUGCAUACGAGAAAAGGAGAACUUUUAGGAAGUUAUUUUCGAUUCUACUAUAUUUGUUUGUUAGACUUAGUUUUAAACUUCCUCUGCCGCUUGGUGGAGGGGGUAAAAAAAUCGAUGCUCUGUUGAAGCCUGAA